AUGGGGUCACUUCCACGAACGAGCAUCAUCGUCUGUUAUUUCAACGAAUCACCAUCGGUACUGAUCCGUAUGGUAAACUCGAUUAUCGAUCGAACACCAUUGGAUCUGAUCCAAGAAAUUCUGCUCAUCGAUGAUAGCAGCGAAUGGCCCGAAGCCUCUCUUCAAGCUGCCGAUUAUCAACGGAAACAUCCCCAAUGGAGUAUGGUGAAGUUCCUUCAGACCCCUUCCAAUCAAGGCCUCAUCAGGGCGAAAGUCUUUGGUGCACGUAAAGCUCGAGGAGAAGUACUGGUGUUUCUUGACAGCCAUUGCGAAGUGAAUCAAGAAUGGUUACAGCCGCUAGUGGUCUGCCCGAUCAUCGAUAUUAUCGAUUUGGAUACGAUGAAAUACGUGGAAUCGCCCGUGUGCAAAGGUGGUCUCAAUUGGGGGCUUACUUUCAAAUGGGACUAUCCCCCACAUACGUAUUUCUCCCAAGACCACAAGAAUUUCAUUCGUCCCCUGAAAUCCGCCACCAUGGCUGGAGGGCUGUUCGCCAUCGAUCGGUCAUAUUUCUUCAAGAUCGGUUCCUACGAUGAGGGAAUGGAUGUGUGGGGAGCGGAAAAUGUGGAAAUCUCCUUCCGGAUUUGGAUGUGUGGUGGUGAACUGGAAAUAAUUCCGUGUAGUCGUGUUGGACACAUCUUCAGGAGAAAGCGCCCAUAUGGCUUGGCGUCUGACUCGAUGGGGAAGAAUUCUGUAAGGGCAGCUCGUGUAUGGCUCGACGAAUAUCUCCCUGAAUUCUUCAAAGCUCGUCCGUAUUUGGAAAUGAGAACGGAUUAUGGUGACAUCUCGGACCGGCUUCAGCUGAAAAAGAACUUACAAUGCAAACCGUUCAAGUGGUAUUUGGAAAACAUCUACCCUGAACUUCUACCUGGGAAUAUUCCAGAUAAGUUGGACAUGGUAAAAACCCCUGUACAAAACGGCAAGAAGUUCCAGAUUCGCCUAGCCAAUUCAACGUUUUGCCUCGCUGCCGAAACCACAAAUGGACGUAUUGCUCGAGGAAAUCGAGUUGAAAUGGAAGUUUGUCAUGGGAAACGUAAUCAACAAUGGAGGUGGACCGAGAUUAACGAGUUCCGUCCUAUGGGCUCGUCUCGGCUCUGCCUCGAUUCACUCAAAGGUGUUUCACUAUUGAAAUGCCAUAAUCAGCGGGCCCAUCAAGAUUGGAAGGUUACGAAGGAAGGCAAAUUCUACAACAAAGCAAUGGGGAAAUGUAUCAAAGCUGACGCCGAGUUGCUGUCGUUAGCCGUCCUUCAAUUCUGUUCACUGGCUAGCAACUUCUUGGUCGAAGAACUGACCGCUGUGUGA